UUGCAGCCCUAAACUCGAAUCGAAUGUCAGUGCAAAACGGAAUGUGCAAAAGUAUGCCUGGCGAUACUUUUUGUUGUACUUGUACAUCGCCAAAAAUAAUAAUAAAAGUGAAAAAUUUUUUUUGUUAAUAUAUUUUUUGUUGUACAAAGAAGAAAUGUUAUUAAAUUAAUCGGCCACCUUUUUCGCCAGCAGUAACGGCCGCAUUGAAACCCCGAGUGCAAUAAAUACGUGCUAACGCUGAGGCGCCUCUCCAUCAUCAUACACUAACCGCCAAUUCGCUACUGCUAUUCCGCCUUCCAUAAACGCCAUAAAACAUACCAAAUAAGGAGAUACGCUUACGCUUGGGGCUGCUUUGGCUUUGGGAACUACCGGGACUUCCGAGUGAUAGAGUGAAAUGAUAAAGUCUACCACCAACAUACAGGAACAGCGUCUGCCACGUCCCGAGGACCAGCCACAGCAGGUGCAUCCGCCGCAGCCACCGCCCCCAACGCCGCCGACGCAUCAAGUGGCCGCCGUGAUAGCCAACAUGGACACACUGAAGACCGCCUUUCUGCCAAAUCUCAGCAUGGACCCCAACGUCCAUGUCAGUCCGCACUACUGUCCCAUGUGCCAUCAGCAGUUCGAGCGGGCCCAGCACGUUACAGAGCACAUGCAGCUGUGCCACGGCAUAACGCUGAACUCUCAGGGAGCUAUCACAUCGCUGGAGGCCGCCCAACAGCAGCACCAGCAACAGCAACAACAGCAGCAGCAGCAGCAGCAACUGAAGCCCAACUAUUCGUGCGUUAACUGUGAUGAGAAGUUCGGGAGCGCCGUGGAUCUGGACGAGCACCAGCGAAUGACGCACCAGGCGCCCGCCUUCCUGGCGCGUUGCCUCGUAUGCAGCAUUUACGGAGUGCAUUCGGCCACGCCGAACCCCAACGAAUACAAGUGCACGCAGUGCGGUUCCGUCUGCACGACGUCCAUGCUGGCGGCGGGACAGCAGUCGUUCAUGGAGCAGCAGGAGGCGCCCGUGACACCCGACGAGCUUCCCGCCAUUGCGCCGCGUGAUAUGAGACUGACGCCCGAAGAGCAACAUCACCAGCAGCAGCAGCAGCUGCAGCAGGAGCACCAUCAUCAGCAGCAGGAACUGCUUGAGCAACAGCAGCGGGAACUGCAGGAGCAUCAGCAGCAACAGCACCACCAGGACGAUCUUUCUGGCGACCAGGUGGGCCUCAAAGUGCCGCCGCUCACCGUCAAGCUGAACAAAAAUUCGAAUGGGGGCUCCGUCGCCCAUCCCCAGGUCAUCAUCAAGGAAGAGCCGCUCAGUCUGAGCGAUAGUGGCGAUGUGGUUAACGCUGUCCCCGUCUAUGCCAUACAAGCGAAUCCUGGCGUGCAGGCACCGACCCCUGGGGCCGCCACCAGUGUCCUGGUCAGCACGCGGAUCGUGACAGCGGAUCAGGCGCACAAGAUCCGGCACAAAUGUCCGGACUGCCCGAAGACAUUCAAGACGCUGGGAACCCUGGCCAUGCACCGCAAGAUCCACACAGGCGAAGCAGACGCCACGCCCAAAGAACGCCCCUACACGUGCUCCUACUGCGGCAAGUCCUUCACUCAAUCGAAUACACUAAAACAGCACACUCGCAUACAUACAGGUGAGAAACCAUUUAGAUGUGGAUAUUGUGGCAGGGCGUUCACUGUUAAGGAUUACCUGAACAAACAUUUAACGACUCACACGGGUGAGAAACCGUUUCAUUGCGGCUACUGUGAGAAGUCCUUCAGCGUGAAGGACUAUCUCACCAAGCACAUACGGACGCACACCGGCGAAAAGCCGUACACCUGUCCGUAUUGCGAUAAGCGCUUCACGCAGCGAAGCGCCCUCACCGUGCACACGACCAAGCUGCAUCCGCUCUAGGGCAGGCCUGGCGGGGGCCGCCAACCCGCUCUUGCUGCCGACCCCGAGAAGCCGUCGUAGAGGAAGCACCACCACCACCUCCUUGGAUGGUGGGCAAUCAGUGGCAGUGGCAAUACAAGGAGCAGUAGCGAUAAGCUGGAGCAACAAACUAGAAUGAAAGACCUUUUCAAAGACGACACAAGAAGUUAACUGAAGCGGAGCAACGCAACCAACGACUGGCAAAUCUCCUCGGAAGGGGCUGCUAGAUAAUACUAAAUUACUAAAUUAGAUUUUCGUUUUCAAACAAAUCAAAGUUUUACUAAACUAGCGUACGGUUCUAGAAUGUUUAAGUUAAUGCAAUCGAUUUUUGAUUCAAUUUGGUUAUGUAGAUGUUUGCAAUUUUUUAUUUUUAUUUGUAUAUCCUAUAUGAAUAUCGUAUAUCAUAUUUUGUUAUUCUAUGAGAUUUUAUAUGGUGACUCCUUGGCGCACACUCACGCACCCACGUGGCGCUAUAUAUAUACACAGAAACACACACAGACACACACACACACAUCUAUUAUUUAUGCGUAUAUAUAAAGAGAAAACUAUUUUUUAUUCAUCUACUAUGUGGCAAUAUUAAUUUUAUCUCAAACUUGUUUGUAAAACGUUUUAAAAAAACAAAGAAGGGUACUCUCAAGUCUACGCGCAAACUUAAAUUAUUUCUUAAAUUAUACAUUUAUGUAUUCGAACUCAAAAAACACUAAAUUAUUUAUUUUUCAUAAAAAAAAAAACACUAUUCGAAAUUUUUACUCAAACCAUGAAAAACAAAAAAACACUCAAGAAACCAAACCAUUUCUUAACUAUUUGCAUACGAGCAGGAUCUCGUUUGUUUUGGCUUUAAAAACUUUAUUUACUUUUAAUCUGUUUAGCUUGUUUUUAUUCAAGAAAUGUUAACCAUUGUUUAUUUUUAAAAUUAUUUAAGUUGAAAGCGUCGCUUUUGUUUGUUACACUAAACAGUGAGAUUGUAUAAAACUAAACCUUAAAACUAAAAACUAUAACUUAAUAGAGAACAAAACAAACAAACAACUAAGCAAUUAAUUUUACAAAAUUUUUGCAUUUUUUAACGCAAGUCAAAAAGUAUUUAAGAGAAAAUUGAAAAUGGAAAAUUUACGCUAAACGCAACACAGCUUUAUGCGCCAAACUAGAACGUUAAACAAAUUAAACAUAAACUAAUCUAACAAUCUAUACAAUUGAUAAUUUUGAUAAACAAGCUUCAAGUUGUUUUUUGUAACAUAUAUACUUUAUGUAUGUACUUUAUCCGAAAUGAGAAAAUUCAUCAUUUUUUACUACUACUUAAAACCGACUUUUUAAACAAAACGAUUACUUGGACGAGUUGUACGUACUAAAACCAACUAAACCUUAAACAAAACUAAAACUAAAACUGUAGCAAAACCAAAACCAUGUACAUUUUUAUAACAUAGUGUUAUAUAAUUAUAUAAAAUAUAUAUAUAUACAUAUAAAUCUGUAUGUAAUAUUAAUGCAUAAUACACUCAAACAAAUUGUCUACCUAAAAUGGCACAUAGCACAGCAACAAAACGAUGCGCAGCGCAUGUAAAACCAAAAUAAAUUCUAAGUACUAAAAUACUGUAAUUUUUUAAGUUUUAAAUAAACCGAGAGGAAAUGAGUUGACGAUCAAAA